UACAAAUCAAUCUCUGUUAUAUUGUGUAUUAUUUUUAUUAAAUAUUGGUCGUUGGUUACCUAGUAGGAAAAGUAAUAUCUAUUCGCUAUAAUUUCUACAAAUUUUAUAUUCGUUAUCUAAAUUCGUUGCCGUAAUAUUUGCAAUUAUACGUAUAUGGAAAAUUAUUUAUUUGCCAAAGAGGUAGUCAUCAUUAAGACUUUCUAGAAGUGUUGUAAAGAGGAAAAUAAAGAUUUGUAACAGUUUUUUUUUGGAUUAUAGUGUUAUCACUGUUAUACUUGAUGCAGUCUGUCAUGGAUGAACACGCGGGUGUUGCGCAGCCGACGUGCAGUGCAGGCUGACCUAGUGAUUGCUGGCGUGUUGAAAGCGAAUCGUCGCAUAAUGACAGUGGCAGAGAAGGUGGUCCGGGGCCAGCAACGACUGCAGGACGUAUAGUGCGCGCGCACCUCGCCAUGCGCACACGUACGUCUGAUGGCACGGCGCUUGACGCUGAUUCUGUUGCUGGCGUGCGCGGCGGCUCUUCGCCGGCCGCCAACCAAAACGGAAAACUUUUACGAUUCCGAUUCAGAAGACUCAUAUUCUUUAUGGGAAGAAUACGACGAAUAUUAUGAAGCCACUCGACCCCCGCGACGCACAACGACAACCAGUGCUAAAGUGAUACUUAGAGGCAAACGCCCGGAAGUGAAUGUGACUAUGAAGAAAGAUAAAAGUGAUGACAACAAAGUAAUCAAAACUACGAACAUUAAUAUCCAAAGCCAUACAAACUUUAUAGUGACAAAACCGCCAGUGAACAAAUAUGAGGCAACUAGAUCUCCUGUUGUACAAAUUGGAGAUCAGUAUGUUUUAGUGGAAGGUACGGGGAUGCAUAGCGUGACGAAGUUGAGCACCCGAAAACCAACUACACCUCGCUUGCCUACAACGCGUCGUCCCUCAUCAACCCGUCGACCUAGCACCACGACGCGACGUUCUUCACAUCGAACCACCCGGCGCACAUUUAAAACCACGAAAGCGCCAAAUACAAAAAAAACUACAUGCCCGCCAAAAAAUUCUGGUUGGUUGAAUGCAUUUUUCCAAGAAACUAAAGUAAAGAAAUCACCUAAAAAGCCGGAAAAGUCAGGUUGGUUUAUAGGAAUUUUCACUAACAUAUACGACUGGAUAGUGGGAUCUAAGUCUUCUUGGUUCUCAACUGGGACCUGGUUUCAAGAUACGCCAAAACCAAAAAAACCUACUCCGAUUGUCCCUACAUCUACAACAAUAUCGCCUUCCACAGGGACUACGAGCAGUUGGUUUCAUUCCUUUAUACAAUCAGAGGACAGUGAUGCUUCCUUCACCGCUACCGACACCACUACAAGUAAAAAGUCAUCAAAGAAAUCGCUUAAGAAAAAUUAUAAAGGCUACCAACUACUCAGAACUUACCCAGAUAUUAAGUGGAAGGUCCAGGAGUUAGUAGAUUUGCAAGAAGAAGCACAGGGUUCCGGGCUGAUGUGGUGGACCCCACCGUCGCUGAACGGAACUACGGAUUUAUUGGUACCACCAGAUUUACUGGUGGAUGUCAAAGAUCACUUGAAAUCAUCUAAAAUUGUGUUUGAUGUUGUAAUUUGGGAUCUACAGAAAGCUAUUACAUAUGAAAAUCCUCGCUUAUCAAAGAAACAAAGAAUAGAGUUGGAAAAAAUACGAGGCCAUCCGAUGACUUGGCGACGCUAUCAUCGUUAUGCUGACAUUCUUCGAUAUUUGGAUUAUCUACAACAUUCGUAUCCUGAUUUAGUAGAAUUGGUGCGACUUGGACUAUCUUCAGAGGGCCUACCGUUAGUCGCCGUAAAGAUUUCUUUACCGGCAAACGAAACCUUUACCAAAGAUUUAAAUGUCAAAGUACACAAGAAGAAAUGGAAAUUACGGUCAAAAAUGAAGCCCGCAAUAUGGCUCGACGGUGGAGCGCAUGCACGCGAGUGGAUCGCGCCUGCUGUUGCGACGUGGAUGAUUCACAUGCUUGUGGAAGGCGAAAAAGGCUUAGAUGCGGAAUUAGAAGUGCUAAAGCAGGCUGAUUUCUACAUAAUGCCAGUGCUAAACCCCGACGGUUACGAGCACUCGCACACGCAUGAUCGGCUCUGGAGGAAAACUCGCUCUCGCCCACCAGACCAGACUGAUGACUACUACUUUGUGGGAUGGUUUCCAUGGAACUGGGGUCAGACUGAGUGUGUUGGGGUGGACGCGGAUCGCAACUGGGACUAUCAUUGGGGCGAAGAAGAUUCAUCCCGCGAUCCUUGUUCCGACAACUUCGCAGGACCACAUCCCUUCAGCGAACCGGAGACACGAGCGGUGUCCGAAUUCCUCACAGAACACAGAGGACAAAUUAAG